AGUCUGGAAACAAGGUGGCGUCCGUUACAGAAGCUAGCGUUGGCGAUAACAAGUUGCAAUAUACCAGAAGAGACAAGAAGAAAGAUGUACCUAAGAGGAGGAAAAGAGGCCCAGCUGGUCAAGGUAAUGACGGUACGGAGCUUAGCUUGUCGUGUGACAUGAAGAUACCCUAUUCAACAGAGAUGCCGGUAGUAACGGGACGUAUCGGGGUACGCCUUGUCAAGGUAUUGAGAGACACCGGGUGCAGUGGUGUUGUUGUUCGGCGAAGUUUGGUUGAACCUUUACAGAUAACAGACCGCACAAAGACUUGUACUUUGGCUGAUGGUUCGAAGCUGAAUGUGCCAAUUGCAGAGUUGGAGGUGGAUACGCCGUACCUGAGAGGCACUAUAGAAGCCUGGGUACUCGAUACGCCGUUAUAUGACCUGAUAGUAGGUAACGUCGUUGGGGCCAAACCCCCGGACCAACCUAAUAAAAGUUGGACUGAGGAAGAUACUACUCUACAAGCAGUUGAGACCAGACAACAGAAGAAAACGAAGGGGAAUUACAGACCACUAAAGGUUCCGGAAAUGCUUAGAGACAUUGGAAGUUUAGAUGAACUGAAGGCGGAACAGGAGAGUGAUGCUACGUUGGGAAAAUUCAGGAAGCUGACAGAGAAGUCAGAAGUUUUUGAACGAGGUGACGGGGGACACUCGAAGAUAUAUUACCAUAAGGGCAUUUUGUACAGGAAGUUCUACAGUCCGAGAACAGCGAAUGGUAAGGUCUUUCGUCAACUGGUAGUUCCAGAGAAGUUUAGGCAGACAGUUUUGAAGCUGGCCCAUGAGUCUAUCAUGGCGGGACAUCUUGCAGCCAAACGGACAGCUAGUAGGAUUUUAUCUGAAUUUUAUUGGCCGGGAGUCCAGGCAGACGUCACCCGCUUUUGUAGGUCAUGCGAUGCAUGUCAGAGGACCUUUCCCAAAGGAAGAGUUGCAAAGGCGCCACUUGGAAGUAUGCCACUCGUCGAAACCCCAUUCAAGCGAGUUGCUGUGGACAUUGUCGGACCAUUGGAUCCUGCCACUGAUAAAGGUAAUCGUUAUAUUCUUACGGUCGUCGAUUAUGCUACGAGAUAUCCGGAAGCAGUCGCUCUUCGCGGAAUUGAGACAGAACGUGUAGCGGAGGCUCUGGUAGACAUAUUCAGCCGAGUAGGUGUCCCGGCUGAAAUGUUAACGGACCAGGGUGCCCAAUUUACUUCAGAGUUGAUGAAGGAGGUGAGCAGACUUCUAUCUAUAAGGCAGUUGACAACUACGCCUUACCACCCAAUGUGUAAUGGGCUGGUCGAGAAGUUCAAUGGCACUUUGAAGCAAAUGUUGAGGCGCAUGAGCACUGAGAGGCCGAAGGACUGGGACCGUUUCAUCAACGCCCUACUCUUUGCAUAUAGAGAGGUUCCCCAGGAGAGCCUAGGGUUUUCCCCAUUUGAGAUGCUAUAUGGACGAACAGUUCGGGGACCCAUGAUGAUCCUACGUGAGCUAUGGAGUAAGGAUUUGCCUGAUGAUGAAGUCAAAACGACCUAUCAGUACGUCAUGGAUUUAAGGGAGAAAUUGGAGAAGACCUGCGAGGUUGCGAUGGACAAUCUUCGAGAGGCGAGGACACGACAGAGGAAGCAGUUCAACAAACGGGCCAAGCAACGAGACUUGAAACCGGGGGAUAAGGUACUGCUGCCGACCAAGGCAAACAAGUUGCUACUUCAGUGGAGGGGGCCUUAUGAUGUUGUUGAGAAAGUUGGACCUACCGAUUAUAGGGUCAACCGAGAAGGCAAGAUAAAAGUCCUUCACAUUAAUCUGCUUAGGAAGUACGUCGAACCAAAGCGUGGGAGUGACCUAGGAGGAUUUCUAGCUUGCGUAAUGACGGCUGUGUUGGACGAGAGUGACCAAGGAGAUGAUAUAAAUCAUGACAGAAUUUUAGAAGCUUUACCAGGUGACCGGGGAAAUGAAACUCAAGAUGAUGUUGUUGUGUGUCAAGAUCUCACAAAGGACCAGAGUAGAGAUGUGCAAUGCCUCAUACAGGAGUUCAAGGAUGUACUGACAGAUGUCCCUGGGAGCACCAGCUUGAUUGAACACGAGAUCCAUACCACUACAUCGGAUCCAGUACGGGUUAAGUCUUAUCCUUUGCCCUACACUACAAAGGAGGUCAUCAACGAAGAAGUUGGAAAGAUGUUGGAGAUGAGGGUCAUCGAACCAUCAACUUCACCUUAUUCUUCACCCGUAGUGAUGGUAAAGAAGAAAGAUGGAUCCAACAGAUUCUGCAUAGACUUCCGUGGGCUCAACCGUGUGACUAUUUUUGAUGCUGAACCAAUGCCUAACACAGAGGACAUUUUCGCCCGUCUAGGAAACGCCAGGUAUUUUUCCAAGUUAGACCUCAGCAAAGGUUAUUGGCAAGUUCCAUUAUCAGCUGACGCCAAGGAGAUGACGGCUUUCACCACACCCCGGGGAUUAUUCCAGUUUCGGGUAAUGCCCUUUGGACUUGUCAAUGCGCCCGCGACUUUCAGUCGUUUGAUGAGGAAAUUGCUUCGGGGAAUGGACCAUCUGGAUAACUUCAUUGAUGAUAUCAUCAUAUACACUGACACCUGGGAGAAACACAUGGACGUUUUGAGUGAGUUAUUUUCCCGGUUGAGGAACGCGGGACUUACUGCAAGACCGACAAAGUGCUCUAUAGCAUUUGGGAGUUUGUCAUGUUUGGGACAUGUGGUCGGGGAAAGGAGAAUUCAACUGGAGGACGACAAAGUGCAGGCGAUCGCUAGCGCGCCGAGACCGGAGACCAAGAAACAGGUCAGAUCAUUUCUUGGGUUGGCUGGUUUCUAUCGGCGAUUUAUUCCAAACUUUGCCGCUAUUGCAGUACCACUUACUGACCUGACGAGGAAGGGUGCUCCAAAUAAAGUGGAAUGGUUGGAAAGCCAUGAGCGAGCCUAUGCCACUUUAAAGAAACUUUUGACGGCGAGGCCAGUUCUGAAACUGCCAAAUUUGGAGCAGGAUUUUAUCCUAAGAACUGAUGCGUCCGACACCGGACUAGGGGCGGUGCUGCUACAGGAAGAGGAGGGACAGAAGAUGCCUAUCGCGUAUGCCAGUCGGAAGCUUCUUCCUAGGGAACGGAACUACGCGGUCAUCGAGAAGGAGUGCCUCGGGAUCGUAUGGGGAAUACAGAAGUUCGAGUCGUACAUAUACGGAAGAGAAUUCCUACUCGAGACUGAUCACCAGCCAUUGUCCUACCUGAACAAGUCGAAGACAGCCAAUGCGAGACUUAUGAGGUGGGCGUUGUUACUCCAGCCAUAUAGAUUCCGAAUACGCGCCAUAAAGGGUUCGGAUAAUGUGGGAGCGGACUAUUUGAGCAGGAUAUAGUAGCAACAUGCUCCGUGAUGUUGAGAAAAAGUGUAUCCACUUUUUUCCGGAACCCGGGGAUGUUGUCACGAUCGCAUGUGGGUAUAGGGUUGUAUAUGUAUGUCUUUACGUUGUUUUGUGUGUAAUCGUGUGCGCGUAUUUGUAUGGCACGAAUGGAAGUACGGUCAGAGCGGAAGUGCACGUGCGAAAGGUCGGUUAGCGUCACUACAGGUAAGCUAUGCCGUGAGUAAUGGCUGUAGUGUAACCACCUGUAGUCAGAAUCCUUUUGAUCAUGGAUACAGGCACGGAAUACAGACUGUGCUUUCCAUGACGGAGUGAAGUUCCUUGGACAACAGGACACCGGGCAAUCACCACGACUUCGGCAUCAGGACCGGUAGAAAACUCCGGUCAGCCUCAGGAGGUCUGAUGUGAUAAACAGACGGGUCAAAGAGCCAAGGAUGAUAAGGAAUGGUGGUCCGUACUACGGCCACUAGAUCAUGAAGCGGUGACGUCUAACGCUGUUGACGGUAUGACGUUAUAGCCAGCUAGCUCUCAUACUUUACCUGCGGGAAAGUAUUGUUGGGACUCAUAGUGAGUCAUCCCUGUGGGAGGUGCGUGACAUACGAGGGAUAUACCUGAACUGCGGUUCAGUUACUCAUGUGUUUCUGUUUCUUGAGUGGAGAACUUGUGCCUUUAAUGUGUACUUAUACCGGUAUUGUGCUGUUCUGUGUCGACGACUCCGUGACUUUAACCGUAAUUGAAUGUCAGAGUGUGCAAGGGGUGUGAAUGUGCGUUUGUAUGAAUAUAUCUAUUUGCUUUUGUACAUAAUAGUUAAUAAAUAUUGUUUUGUAUAAUCUA